AUGCAGAAGGUACUCUGCAGCAUACGUCGCCACAAACGUGGGUUAUUUUCAUUCAAACUUCAAAGUUCGAUUCCACAUAGUUUAGCUGCCAUAUCAGCUUCCGUGUUAGCGUCCGCUUUUUGCGUAGGCUCGCAAAUCACAGCCCUUUUCGACCUUCUUGUACGAUAUUUACAGCUUUUUAUGCUGAAUGGGUCAUUCCUCCUCUUGCCACCCUCGCGAGUCCUGUCUCGUCGAUCGCUGGUCAAACCAGAUAUCUCUUCGAUUUCAGUGAACGUUCCCUCCUGCGUUUCACUAACCGAUGAGUUUUUAACACCCAACAACCGAUUUCUCACUCUUGACCUGUUCUGGUACAUGAACGUAAAUGGUCAAAGACAUAAAUCACUUAUUUUAAAGAAGAUGGGCGGCUAUGUCGUGUAUAGUGACGCACUUAUAAUCUCUUCCAUCUUGCUUGUAUCGCUCGCAAAUGGUCCCAAAUCAGGUAGUGUGGGAUCUUACUCUUCUUGCUUUACCAUCAACUGA